UAGGAUGGUUUUAUGGAGGAGCCUGGACCCACCACUGCUGCUGCUUCCACCACUGCUGCUGCUGCUUCUAUUCCUGAGUUCGCUGUCAGUGGUUUUUGCUGCAUCACCCAUAGACGUCCAUAUAUCCGUUUGCAACUGUAAUGGCCACUCUCAGCGCUGUGUGUUCGACCCAGAAUUGCAAGCACAGACGGGUUCUGGGUUCCGCUGCAUAGACUGUAAUGGAGGCACAGAUGGUCCAAACUGUGAGAGAUGCAAAGAAGGGUACUACCCGCAGCAAGAUGGUGCCUGUGCGGCUUGUCGCUGCCAUGCUAAAGGUUCUCUUAAUUCUCAGUGUGAUAACUAUGGACGAUGUAGCUGUAAGCCUGGUGUGAUGGGUGAGAAGUGUGACCAAUGCCAGCCUGGCUUCCAUUCCCUCACUGAGGUUGGGUGCAGACGGCAGGGCUGUCUAUGUGACCCAGCAGGCAGCAGCCAAGGAUGCGACAGGGAAGGAAAUUGUGUUUGCAAACCUCAAGUCACUGGACUGGGCUGUGACAGGUGUAAGCCUGGAUACUAUGACCUGCAGGCCGGGCGGUCGGAGGGUUGCUUGCAGUGUUUUUGCCAUGGACAUUCUGCAUCUUGCAGCAGCUCCACUGACUUCAGCAGGAGCGAGAUCACAUCUUCAUUUGAGAAAGAUGUAGAAGGCUGGACUGCAGUUCUAAAAGAUGGAUCCCCUGCUCCAGUCCCUGUCCGCAUGUCUCGCCAUCAUAAAGAGGUGUAUCUAGCAUCACGACAACUGGAACCUCUCUAUUUCAAUGCUCCAGGUGCUUUCUUAGGAGAUCAGUCUCGGAGUUAUGGCCAGGUGUUCUCCAUAAGUUUCCGCAUAGAUCGAGGGCGUCACCGGGCUGGUUCUGAAGAUAUAAUACUAGAAGGAGGAGGCUUGAGAGUCACCGCGCCACUUACUUCAUCCAAGACUUCAUUGCCCUGCAGAUUACCUCAAACGUACACCUUCAGACUGGAUGAGCUCUCUUUCAGCUCUUGGACUCCCAAAAUAAGUCAUUUUGACUAUCGUCGUCUUUUAAGUAAUGUGACGUCCUUAAGAAUUCGUGGUACUUACGGAGAAUACAGCACAGGAUACCUGCAACAUGUUACUCUUGUCUCCGCUCGCCCUGGUCCUGGGGAUUCAGCUCCUUGGGUGGAGAAAUGUGAUUGCCCCGUUGGCUAUAGAGGUGAUUCCUGUGAGCAGUGCGCCCAAGGAUACUACAGAGAAUCCCCAGGACUUGGGGCUUUCAGCUCAUGUGUUCCUUGUAGAUGCCAAGGGGGAGGCCGGUGUGACCCAGAAACAGGUGACUGUUAUUCCGGGGAUGAGAAUCAGAUUAUUGACUGCGCUGACUGUCCACAUGGACAGUAUAAUGACCCCCGGGACCCCCAGAGGUGCUUGCCGUGUCCUUGUGGUUCUGGAAUCGGAUGCUCAUUGUCUCCAGAGACUCAGGAACCUGUGUGUGAUCACUGUCCUGCAGGGCUAAGUGGUCAUCAAUGCGAAAAAUGUGCAGAUGGAUAUUUUGGGGAUCCUGAGGGAGAACAUGGACCUCAGCGUCAGUGCAGGCCUUGUGCAUGCAACAAUAAUAUUGACCCGAAUAUACCGGGAAACUGUGACAGAGUGACCGGAGAGUGCUUGAAGUGUAUCUAUAACACCGGUGGGUUCUACUGUGACCGCUGCAGAGAAGGAUACUUUGGGGACCCAUUGGAUCCAAACCCUGAACGCAAAUGUAUAGCUUGUUACUGUCACCCAAUUGGUUCCCAGCCGCCAAGCUGCCAGAAGGAUAGCUCUUGUGUGUGCAAACCGGAUUUUUAUGGGGACAAUUGUGAUCAGCCACAAUGCCCCAGUUGUUAUUCCCAAGUUAGCGACAAGAUAACCCUGUACAGGAGGAUGCUACAGGGUCUGGCUGGUGGUGGCAAUGGCCAAAGUCAGGUGACAGAUACCCGUUACUUAGAGGAGCAAAUGAGAAGAGCUGAGGAGGCAUCCAAAGCCAUGCUAAGAGAUUCAGAAUCCGCUCACGGUGCUGAGUUAUCCCUGCAAAAACAAGUGUCCGGGCUACAAGGGUCACAGGCAGAGGCCCAGAAUGACCUGGAGCGAGUGCAGAUGAAGUUACAAGGUGCCCUGUCUCAGUCCAGCCAGUACCAAAGCCAGUUACAGGACAUAAAGGGAAAGAUCACACUUGCAGCGCAGCAACUCAACGGGGGUCAGGCUGAAUUAAACCAACUGACAUUUUCUGGAGGUUCAUCCUGGAAUUCCAACUCUUUCUCACAAAUUGGUCAAGAGGCCCAGACUAUAGCAAACAGACUUUCCCAAGAUGCUCAGAUGAUAACACAAGAUGCAGCUGACGCCCUGGCAGAUACCCAGAGAACAAUGCAGAUUCUACGUUCUGGAGAUAUGGACCUCGGUGCUGCAGAGAGACUAAGAGCAAGGUUGGGUGAUGUCCGCACUCAGACUGGAGAAAUAGAGAGCGAGGCCAUACAAGCUGCAGCAGCAGCAGAGAGGUCCUACCAUGAGAGCAUGCAAACAGCUCGGGCAAUGGCGCAGGCUUCUCUUACGGAUCCUCUGGGAUUCCAGGGGGAGAUGGAGCGUCUGAGAGGAGAAUCCUUGUCCUUGAGAACUUCAGCGGAAGCAGAGAUAUCUCAGAUCAAGAAUUUACAAAGCAAAUAUAGUGUCUGGGAACUGGAUGUAGAGCAGCAGCUUCGGGAGGGACAAGAGAACCGACUGUUGGCAGAUCAGCUGCUGUCACGCGCAAAUGGUGCUAAGAAUAAAGCAGAGAGGGCAAUGCAAAACGGGAACACCACUUACCAUGCGAUUGAAGGGAUGCUAAGCAGCCUGAGGGGAUUUGGAGACACGGUCGGGGACCGGCGCACAGAAGCUGAGGAUGCACUGAGACGUCUCCCAGAGAUCAUGCGCCAAACCCAAGCAGCUGUGGACACUACAUAUGAAGCGGGUGCUGCUCUGAAGGGGGCAGAGAACGAUGCUGGCACAGCAGUAGGCAAUGCCAGAGAGGCACAAAGUAUUACAACCGCAAUACAAGAGGACAUGAUGCAGAUGAGCCGCGAUGCAAACAGUACAGCUGAACUGGCUUUAACUUUAGAGCGAGAGUUUGCACAACUGCGCAAGAUGGCUACCGGAACAGCUGCAGACCUGGAUGACAGGACACGGCUUGCAGACCAAGACAGUGCGGCAGCUCAAGGGGUUUCUGUAAGUGCUCUGGAAGCUGAUGCCAGCGCUGGUGGUACCCUUAAUGCUGUGGCGGAAACAUUGAAUGCCCUUGAUCAUGUACUAAGGCUAUUAGACCAGCCCAUAGAAGGCAGUGAAGAAGGAUUAAGGGCUCUAGAAAGUAGCAUGCGGACAGCUCGUACCAAGGUGACUGGGGAGCUCAGACCAGCGUUAGAUGUCUUGGAACUGGCAGCUAAACAGCAAAAAGAAGAAAUUCUCAUUUUAGAGAAAGAGAUUCAACAAACUCUCCUUGACAUCCAAAACCUGCGUGACAUCCGUAAGACUCUGCCCCCAGGGUGCUACAGUACCUCUGCCAUUGAAAGACCUUGAGAGCAAAGUGCACAUCGAUGGUUCCUUCAAAAGUCACCAAGAGCCACAUGGUCAAUCCACCUCACCCAUAGUGGGUGCAAUAUGCUGCAGUAUUUAAAUGGGAACUCUCAUUAAAACAAAUUUUUGCUAUCGCACUCC